AUGCCGACAAUUAAUGUCGUACCAAACUCUGCUGCGGAAUUACAGGAGAUUGCAGACAUCCUUGCCAAAUCUAGGAAAGUUGUGGUCGUGACAGGAGCCGGUAUCAGCACGAAUGUCGGAAUUCCCGAUUUUCGUUCUGAGAACGGACUUUAUUCCAUGAUUCAAGCCCAAUUUGAUGCUGCACUUGAGAAUCCUCCUUGGGAAAUUAAUGAUUACGAUAUUGAUGAUCGACCAAAAAAGAAGAGACGUGUGACAGAGCGCUAUUACUACGAACUUGUGACAGCUGAUGGUGUGAGGGUAGAACAGCCUCCCGAGGAAUCUUCUGAAUUGACUCCCGAGCAACCGUCUCAGCAACCUUCCGAGCAGUCCUCCCAGCAACGUUCUCAGCUACCUUCAAAAGAAUCUUCGGUGCAGACAGAAGCGCCUGUUUCAGCUCCAUCUCAAAGAAGUUCUCGUAGAAAUUUAUCUCUAGCGCAGGAUAAAACCAAGAAUGAAUCACCGAGACUGAGCAGGAAGAAUCAAAUUUCUCGAGCUCCGAACGGUUGUUUCGCACGGGGCAAUUCUUCAAAAGAGUCUCCGAAGCUAAAUCUGGAGGUUCAAUCCGCUGAUAUUCAGCAUGCCCCCCUCGCACAGGACGAUUCUAUCAAUAACUCGCCUUUAUCACCCUCGAAAAGUCAAAAUUCUCAGCUUCAGAUUGCUCCCUUAACACUAAAUGAUCCUAAGGAUGAGUCACCAAAGCCGAGCGCCAAAGGCACGCUUUCUCGAGGUCGCCUCACUCGCGCUUGUGAUCGAUGCCGAGUUCGAAAAAUAAAAUGUGGUGAAUUCCAACCAUGUUGUGAACCAUGCUCCAAAUCAGGAGCUAAAUGCAUCAGGACAGAGAACAAGCGACGUGCAUCAUGCAAUGUAAACACUAAAUCUCAGGAAGAAAUAAGUCCUGCGUUGGAGAUGGAGCUUGAUUCAGAAAGCUUGGACAUGGAAGAAAAAGCAUCGCAGCAAUUAUUGCAAGAAUCGAGUGAAUAUUCUUCUCAACAUUCGUCCGAAAAUUCCCGGUUGCCUGAGGAUGUGGAUAAAAUUGACAGUAAACAAAAACGCACUCGACGUUCACUUCGAACAAAGUCUACCUCAUCUUUUACAAAAGAAGAAAGCUCUAUCACGACACAAGCUCGUUUCGAUUCUUCCAUAUCGAACUCACUUCGGCGUGAAAGUAGUCUUCGGUCAACAAUUCAAGCCUCAAUCACCAACGAGAAAUCUACUUCUUCAAACCCACAAAACCUCCAGAGAUCUUCAUCACUGAUAACCUCUAUCGACAAUUCAAUUACUGAAAGCAAAUCUUCACGUCAAUCAAAGAGAUUACGAGCUGACAGUUUACCGUCACAACCUCAGCUUACGCAAGAAUCUUCCUCACUUUCUGAAAGAUCUUCUCGACGAAACACUCCCGCGUUUGAACUUCCCAAUAGUAAACUGUCUUCCGCCAUAAAUUCAGAAAGCGUAUCCACAGCCAGCAGCUCUACACCUUCGGUUUCAUCGAGCGAAUGUAGUAGCAGCAACAAACGCAAUUUUUUGAGCGAAGUCAGUUCCAUCACGGCUGCUUCAGAAUCUGAAGAGCCUCCUUCACAAUCAUCUCAAUCCUCCUCAUCACGUACAUUACCAAAUCUCAAAGGAAAAGAUCUGUUUGAUUCCGUCAUUUGGUCUGAUCCUUUCUCGACCUCCGUAUUUUACAUGUUUAUUUCCAAUUUUCGUCGAAGAAUUUAUAACGAUGUCAAGUCUACCACCACCACUCACCAAUUUAUCCGUGCUCUCAGAGACAACGGUCGCCUCGUCCGGAAUUACACACAGAAUAUCGACUGCCUCGAAGAACGCGAAGGCCUUACUACGGAUCUCGAACUUGGCGCGGGUGAUCGUACGCGUUUUCAAUCCAAAGUCCAAGGAAAAUCACUUCCAGCUGGAGGAGAAGAACGAGGAGGAAAAGACGCCUCUGUUGCAACCGGAGUAGAGUGUGUUUUGCUACAUGGCUCACUUCGUAAGUUGCGAUGUGGGGUGUGCUCAAAACUCACUAGCUGGGAUGAGGAAGAUAGAGAAUCUACUACAAUGGCUGGGUCUGCUCCUGAUUGCCCUUCUUGUAUUUCAAGCUCCAUAUCGCGUCAAGAUAAGGGUCGUAGAGGCUUGGCUGUUGGCAGACUGAGGCCUGAUAUUGUUCUUUACGGAGAAGAACAUCCACACGCAAAUCUAGUAGGACCAUUGAUCAUUCACGAUUUGAAAUUGGGUCCAGAUGUUCUUCUCAUUCUUGGCACCAGUUUACGAGUUCACGGUCUCAAAGUUAUGGUCAAAGAAUUUGCACAAGCUGUGCAUGCUAGAGGGGGAAGCGUUAUCUUUGUCAACCAAACGAAACCUCCUGAGAGCCAAUGGGGUGAUGUGAUUGAUUACUGGGUAGAAUGGGAUUGUGAUGCCUGGGUGCUGGAUCUGAAGAAAAGAAGAAGUGAUAUCUGGCUGCCAUAUACAAAUGCGACACAGAACCUUGCUAGCAAAGAUCCUGCGCCAUCCAAACAGCGCAAUACGUCCGAUAAAAUACCAGCAUACCGACCGCAGUGUAAGAGAGACGACAAAACGAAUGCAGUUCAUUUCACAUUUAAGAUUCUCGAUGAUCUUCGUAAGCUCAGGGAUGCUGAAGGAAAUGAGUCAGAGCGUCCAAUGUACUGGGUGCCUUUCGAUCGUAAAGCCUUUAGAGCGUCUACUGGACAAAUAACAGAGCAGAAGCCAAUCAAAACGUCUCGAGUGUCGAAAUUACCCAUCAGGAAAGGUCGCAAAUCUCUUCCAGCCUCAUCACACAUUAAAGCACCGUCAGCUGCCACGACCAGCAGAUCCAAAAAACAGCAAACUAUCGCUGAAAAUACCCCUGUCGCUAAGACGCCUUCAACAGAAUCACAUAGAAGUGGUACAUGGCUGGAAGAUCUUUUUUUCAAAAAUGUCCGCAGAAUAACCAAUAAUACACUUUCUGAAAGCCUCUUAGAUAGCCUACGAGCCAGAGUACCUUUUGAAAGACUUGCCGAAAAUGUGCCAGGGAAUAGCAUUGGAUACAAAAGGUCAUUUGAGGAUAUUGGAGUAGAUGGUGCGCCAGAUGGUGUUGGCUUGCCAAAUCUGAGAGGGCUGCAACAUUCUAAAAUUAGUAUUAAAGGGAUGAGCUUGAGUAGUUUACCACCAACAGGUUCUCCGGAAUCGGGGAGGAAAGAUAAGGGAAAAGGGAAGAUGGUUGAAAGGGCUAGUUCGCCGUUGGACCCGGAUCAAAAUACUCCUGUUGUGCAGCCCAGACAAAUAAUGAAGCAUUCAUAUGGGACGAGAAGCAAAAGGAGUAGUCGGAUAAUUGUGGACGAGGAACAGUAUGCACGAGAUGUGAAUGGGGAUCCGAGUUCUGGGGAUACGAUUGUUGUUAGGGAUAGAAUGAGUAUUGAGGCAGUUUGUAAUGAUCGAUAA